UUUUAUUUUGACAACCCUUUUGCCACCUGGUGUUAUCAAGACGCAUCACAUGAGCAGUGUUGCUGCAGUCAAGUUGGAAUCCACUCCACAGGCUCCAGCUGAAAAUCAUGGGCAGAUUGGACGGCAAAGUUAUCGUCUUGUCUGCAGCUGCCCAAGGAAUCGGGAGAGCUGCUGCUAUAGCAUUUGCUAAAGAAGGAGCUCAGGUCACGGCUACGGACAUCAAUGGAGAGAAACUGAAAGAACUGGAUGGCACUCCAGGGAUUAAGACCAAAGUGCUUGAUGUGACCAAAAAGGACCAAGUGGAGGCACUGGCUAAAGAGUUUGACCACAUUGAUGUGCUUUUCAACGUGGCAGGAUUUGUUCAUCACGGCACUAUCCUGGACUGCGAGGAGAAGGACUGGGACUUCACCAUGAACCUUAAUGUCCGCAGCAUGUACCUGAUGAUCAAGGCCUUUCUGCCCAAGAUGCUGACCCAGAAGUCUGGGAACAUCAUUAAUAUGUCAUCUGUGGCAUCUAGCAUCAAAGGUGUUGUGAACAGAUGUGUGUACAGCACAUCUAAAGCUGCUGUCAUUGGGUUAACCAAGUCUGUAGCUGCUGAUUUCCUCGAGCAAGGCGUCCGCUGCAACUGCAUCUGCCCUGGGACUGUAGACACACCAUCAUUAAGGGAAAGAAUCCAGGGCAGGCCUGAUCCAGAGCAGGCGUUUAAGGACUUCAUGGCCAGGCAGAAGACAGGCAGGAUGUGCACUGCAGAAGAAGUGGCUCAUCUGUGUGUUUACCUGGCUUCGGACGAGUCUGCCUAUGUGACUGGAACGGAGCACAUCAUCGAUGGAGGAUGGAGCCUCUGAAUGUUUUGCACUUCUUUCAAAUUAGGGACAUCUGUUGACUUGAAUAUGAUUCUGCUAUAUCUUUGAUUUAAACACGUCCAAAACGUGUCCUCUCAUAGAUAAAAAUCACUAACA